UGACCCUCCCGUUAAUAAGCAACACACACACAUACACACACUGGGCUGUUAAAGGCAACAGAUGGCUACUUUGUCUGAUUGACUAUAAUCAUUAAUCAUUCAUCCCUUGGCACUCAUGCAUUAUCUCGAGUCUCCACGUUUUCAGGGUGGCAACGGAGGCAACGCUCUCUCAACUUGCAAUCUGAUUGGUUGGCCAGCACGCUCGUCUGUCCCCCAUCCGUCGGAAGUACGUUCUCGUCCUGCGUCUCCCUACAGUCUCAACCCGCCGCGAGCGCGCAUUAUCGGCCUCUUCUUCACGCCUUUGCUCGACUUGUCAAGCAGGAGUACUGGCUCGGUGGACCGGAGAUUGGCGUUGGAUUAUGCUGCUUUUCCAUCCGACUAGAAUGACGCGAGAUUCAGCCGUUCGCCUGCUUUAUAAAAGCCAACCUCGGGAACGAGUACUUCUGCCCCGUCGCUCGUGUUUUAUCUGCCAGGACUGAGCGUAUGCGGGACAGUAGCGAGUAUAACAGCUUUAACAGCCUUCUUUUGCAGACAAAAGACGGCUGCGAAGUAACAUACACAAUAAUAAAAGGUUGUGGUCUCCAAUCUGUGGAGAACGUGGGCAAGAUGUGGGGUAAUCUUAGAAGCCGAUGCCAAGCUCUCUUCCACAGUGACGGCUCAGAGUCCCAUCUGUGUAGUCAAGACUUAGAUUGUGCUCACUGUGUGCUGGAUUUGGACAGGGGAGCACAUGCAGAACCCUAUGAAACCAGGUCUUCCACACCUUCACGCAACUUGUCACCUCUUCCAUUGGCUACUGGUGGACGCAGAAGCCAUAAUUGUGUGGCGGAUAUUCCUCAAAUAGUAGAAAUCUCCAUUGACAAAGAGAGUGAAGAUGCACGGAGAGGCCCACUUGUUCGCAGGGACUCCUAUUCACGUCAUGCUCCCUGGGGAGGUAAAAAGAAGCAUUCUUGCUCAACUAAAACACAAAGUUCUCUUGAGGCUGACAGGCGAACAGGACGCUCAAGAGGAAGUACAGCCAGAAGGGAGCGUCGUUAUGCCGUCAGCUCCAUUCAAGAAAUUAAUGAUUCUGUAGAAGUUGGCAGCAGCGGGCGUAGCCUUAGCAGCCGUUCUCUGCGACAACGACUUCGAGACACCGUGGGCUUGUGCCUUCCUCUCCCCACACACCGCCGCUCUCAGUCAGCCAAAGGUCAAGUAUCCUCAAAACGUAAGAUCCACCUGACAGAACUGAUGCUCGAAACAUGCCCUUUUCCUCCAGGUUCUGAUCUGGCCAACAAGUGGCACCUAAUUAAGCAACAUACAGCACCAGUCAGCCCUCAUUCCUCUUCUGCUCUUUUUGAUGCUUUUGAUUCAGCCCAUUCUUCACCUGAGGACGAGGAGGAGAGGCUGCGUGAACGACGUAGACUUAGCAUCGAGGAAGGAGUAGACCCACCUCCAAAUGCGCAAAUCCAUACAUUGGAGGCAACUUCAAAGAGCUCUUCCCUCUAUAAACUAGGACCAAAGAUGGCUCCUGGUGUUGGGGAAACACUUGGGGAGGGCAGGAGCCUAGGAACAGUCUCCUCCAUUUCUGGGGGAUUAUCAGGGAUCGCCGCACAGGUUCCAACAAGUAUGGCAGUGCCAUCCCACACGGUUGACUGUGACUCUGAGGAGGACUCAACUACCCUUUGCUUACAGACACGAAGGCCCAAGCAGAGGCAUGCCUCUGGAGACACUCACUGCUCCAGACAGCCAGGGCCUUGGAAGGUCCACACACAGAUUGACUACAUCCAUUGUUUAGUACCUGACCUACAGGCCAUAACUGCACUUCCUUGUUAUUGGGGAGUGAUGGACCGGUACCAAGCUGAAGCCCUGCUGGAUGGACGGCCAGAAGGCACCUUCCUUCUACGCGACUCCGCACAGGAGGACUACUUGUUCUCUGUUAGUUUUCGACGUUACAAUCGGUCACUGCAUGCACGCAUUGAACAAUGGAAUCACAACUUCAGCUUUGAUGCACAUGACCCAUGUGUCUUCCACUCCUCCACAGUAACAGGUUUACUGGAGCAUUAUAAAGACCCCAGUGCUUGUAUGUUCUUUGAACCCCUGCUCACUGCUCCCUUACACCGGACCUUCCCUUUCAGCCUUCAGCACCUGGCACGAUCCUCCAUCUGUAGACACACCACCUAUGAUGGCAUUGGUGCCCUGCCACUGCCUCCAACCAUGCAGGACUUCCUCAAGGAGUAUCACUACAAACAAAAAGUUCGUGUGCGCUGGUUAGAGAGAGAGCCACCAUUCAAGGUCAAAUGAGGUCUGGCUCUGUGCCUGAGUAAACCUGGGGUGUGAGCUUACCUUCUCAUAUUAUUAUGUGCUUCAGACACAUGGCAAUAGAGGAUGUUUUGAACUUCCGGCAGUUUUGCGUGUGUGUGUGUGUGUGUGUGUGUGUGUGUGUGUUAAUACUAUAUAUGGAAUCCAUACAUGUGUUUCAGUGCAGUACAUUCUAUCAAACAAUCGUAUCUUCUAAAGUGUUGAGCAUGCUGGGAAUGAGAUGUUCUUAUUCUCUCUGCUCAUUUUCCUUAUGACCUUAUAUCAAGUGGAUCUUCACUAACCUGUCUGCAUGCCUCCUGCAUUCUAUUGCCUAGAGUUCUAAACAUUGAGAGCAGUGUGGUUUGACAAUAAUUAGCAUUUCUACUGGGCAAAUUGAUCAAAUGUAGUUAUAUUUUAGUAAAUUUAAAUAUAUUCAGGUUAUCUUGAAACUCUUGAUAUCUUGAAUAUUUGCUAUCAAGGCAUGUUAACUAUAUGACCAUUUGCUAAUUCAUGACUAAUUAAUGAGCUUUGAGAUUCUUUACAGCAGCCUCCUACAAAGGUCACAUUUUCUGAGGCAGCACUUAUUAAGUCUUGUGUAAAUGGACAGGAUUACAGUUAUACCCGCACCUCUCCGCACUAAGCAUGUUUUAUUUUUAAAAUCAAGGUAGGCCGAAGUGAAUGCAUGGAUUAAUUGCACAUGGUAGAGGGAGCGUAUGUAUGCAAUUUUUUUUCAUUUACCCACUGACUGACCAGCCUGAUCUCAUGAGAUAACGUAUUUUACGUUGUGUCAGUUUAGUGACUAAUUCGUACAAAUUUGUACGACUUCAGUCGUAUGAAAAUGUACGAUUUUAAAAAGGAGGUGUGGCACCCUACCCCACCCGGAUACCUAACUAUCAUUGUGUGAUGAACAAAUUGUACUAAAUUGUACGAAUUAGAUUGUACAAAUCGAUACGAUUUAGCCACUAAAUCAAAAAGUUACGAACUGCCAUGAGAUUGUGUUGGACUGACACAGACACAGUGCAUAAUUUGUCGUAAGAUAGAGGACAGAUUAUUUAAUUUAAUUUUGUAUCCCAGUAUAGUCCUCAUUUUAAACAUUCUCAAUUUUUUUGGUUAGUUUAAAUGACAUACGGCACUUUAAUUGUUGUUUGUACACUGCACAAUUACUUAUAGACUCAAGUGCAUACAUAUAAACAGAUUCAAUUGUUUGUCUGUGUGUUCUUAAGGCCCUUUUUCAUGAGAUGUCAAUUUAUCCCUCAUAUUAUCAGCAUGAGACAACUGAAGGUUAUGUUAGUGUCCAGUAUCUCUUGCCUGUGCAAAUGUUAUGUACUUGAGGCGAUUUGUUUUUGCUUUUUUAUAUGCAACAACCUGAAGUGGACAGUGAAAGUCCUCUAGAAAAAUGGUAUAGAUACCUCUAAGAUUUCUUUAAACUUUAGAUAGUGUUGAAACACAGACAGAUGCCAUCAAUAUGUAUAUAUUCAAUGUUCAUUGGAUUGAUGUCCAGUUCUUUUAUAAACUCGUGGUUUGUUCCACCACUUGAUAAUGUUGCACUUUCAUCCAUUAUGAAGCAUGGAGCUAUGCUUCCCUCGUCAUAAUCGUGUGCACUAGUGAUUGAGAUUCCCUGAAGACUGUAAAGAUAUAGUUCUAAACUUUUGAUGUUCCUGGUCUUGCACAAAAAUGAAGGCCAACAAGAGUAUGCUUGUAUGAUUAAUAUCAGAUGUUUAUCAUUGCGGUGGUAGACUUGGCAUUCAGGCAGAUGCUAGACCAUUUCAAAUUGGUACAGUAUGCAGUAUUUUAGUGUUUGAUGACGAGCGACCAAAGGUGUGCAUCUAUAUGUUGUUAUUUUGAAUGAGAAAUCUUCCACCCUAAAUCUUUAUUAUUUAAAUCAAGCUUAAUUAUGGUGUUAUUUUUUUGGUGGUAGAGUAGCACUCAUUUUGAAACCAUCCACAGUCAAACUCCGUCAGAGCUCACCUCAAUUGUUGCUUUAGGGAAGUCAUUUUGUUAAUUUUAGCAUUUUCUUUCACUUCAUUUCCACUUGAAUGGCCUGAAUGAAUACUCAAGACAACGUCUUAGAAUUUCUUUCACCCUGCACACUGUAUGCUCUGUAAGACUAAUAUUAUGUCAACUGUCUAGCAAUGAUGUCAUCAGCUUUUAUGACUUUAAACCUUUGAGAAUAAUAUAGCAUUUAUUUAAUUUACAGACAGAAUAUGAGCACUUGGCUGCAGCUAGCAGUUUCACGUCUUUUUUUUUUUCCUGAGCUAUCCUUGCUGAAGAAAAAAGAGCCAAAGCUUGUUCGCUGUUUUUUAUUUAGUGGAUAUGCAAGGCGCUUUUUAACUUAUCAGGAUGGCAGACAAGAUAGACAGAAUUAAGUUUAGCUGUAAAA